GUUUAUCUCAUAUGCGGAAUUUGAGAAAAUCAGUAUUACGAAGUAGUUACAUACUCUUUGCUUUGGAGAAAAUAACAAAAUGGCGGAACGGGUCUUCUUGUUUUAUUUUUGUUGUGAUAAUUUGCAUUCGCAGAUGAAGAUAAAAUAUUAACACAAAAGCAUUAUAGUUAUUUAAGGAAAUUACUUGAUCAUUAUCUUGAAGGUUUUAUAAAUCAAUGUUCAGUACAAAAUCGCAGCUUCGAAAGCGUACUCCAGAGAAUGGUACAGAUCGAGAAAGUUAUUUAUCACUUUUGGUAGAUGAAUACUUGAAUUCAAGUUCUAUUGAUGCGAAAUGUCAAGUGUUGGCCAAUUUAGCAAAUUUUGCAUACGAUCCUAUAAACUAUUGCUUCAUACGUGAUGUAGGCGCGCUGGAUAUUUUUCUUUAUGUUUUGAAGAAUGAAUCUAACCAUAAACUGGUCAAUUUCGCCUGUGGCGGUAUUAGCAAUCUAUGUCUUGAUCCUUUGAACACUACAUAUAUCUUAGAUUAUGGUAUAUUGAAACUUGUGCCUCGCCUUUUAAAGUGUGAUAACACAGAUAUAUUGGCAUCCACUUUAUCUAUUCUCAUACAAAUACAUAAUUCCUUGGGAAAGCCAGAGUUAUUUAAUACUGAGAUAAUUAAAUGUACAGAAAUUUUAAAAUCAAGUGAAGAAAAAGUUGUUGCAAAUUUAGCAACAAUAUUUCAUCAAGAUGUCUGUAAAAUAUCUUAAAUAUAUGAUUUAUACACAACAUAU